AUGACGACGUGCCUCGCGAGGCUGUCCCUCGACACCAGCCUCCCGGCCUUUAUCACCAACAUCAGCGGCCCACUCCCACAGCGACUUGAGCGCUAUCUCCCCGGGGAAGAAGUGAAUAAAUUAUGGAAACACUCUUGGACCAUCAAGUCCCUUCGCUCUAGAACUAAAGCUCCGUCCCUUCGCGGCCGGGAAAAUCCAGUGACUAUUAGUGACACCUCCCAAGAAAUUAUAAAUCAUCAGCGACACACUACACCGAGCAGAGUUCACACUCACGACAGCAGAGGCAGCCGCAGCAGACACAAGAAGUCAAGAAACGAGAAGCAAGAAGCUCAAAAAACUAAGAAACCAAGACGCAAGAAACCAAGACGCAAGAAACCAAGAAGCAAGAAACCAAGAAGCAAGAAACCAAGAAGCAAGAAACCAAGACGCAAGAAACCAAGAAGCAAGAAACCAAGACGCAAGAAACCAAGAAGCAAGAAACCAAGACGCAAGAAACCAAGAAGCAAGAAACCAAGACGCAAGAAACCAAGAAGCAAGAAACCAAGACGCAAGAAACCAAGAAGCAAGAAACCAAGAAGCAAGAAACCAAGAAGCAAGAAACCAAGACGCAAGAAACCAAGAAGCAAGAAACCAAGAAGCAAGAAACCAAGACGCAAGAAACCAAGAAGCAAGAAACCAAGGAGCAAGAAACCAAGAAGCAAGAAACCAAGAAGCAAGAAACCAAGGAGCAAGAAACCAAGAAGCAAGAAACCAAGACGCAAGAAACCAAGACGCAAGAAACCAAGAAGCAAGAAACCAAGACGCAACAAACCAAGAAGCAAGAAACCAAGAAGCAAGAAACCAAGACGCAAGAAACCAAGACGCAAGAAACCAAGAAGCAAGAAACCAAGAAGCAAGAAACCAAGAAGCAAGAAACCAAGACGCAAGAAACCAAGACGCAAGAAACCAAGACGCAAGAAACCAAGACGCAAGAAACCAAGGAGCAAGAAACCAAGACGCAAGAAACCAAGGAGCAAGAAACCAAGAAGCAAGAAACCAAGACGCAAGAAACCAAGACGCAAGAAACCAAGGAGCAAGAAACCAAGAAGCAAGAAACCAAGAAGCAAGAAACCAAGAAGCAAGAAACCAAGACGCAAGAAACCAAGACGCAAGAAACCAAGAAGCAAGAAACCAAGAAGCAAGAAACCAAGACGCAAGAAACCAAGACGCAAGAAACCAAGACGCAAGAAACCAAGGAGCAAGAAACCAAGACGCAAGAAACCAAGACGCAAGAAACCAAGACGCAAGAAACCAAGACGCAAGAAACCAAGAAGCAAGAAACCAAGAAGCAAGAAACCAAGACGCAAGAAACCAAGACGCAAGAAACCAAGACGCAAGAAACCAAGACGCAAGAAACCAAGACGCAAGAAACCAAGACGCAAGAAAGAAGAAGACGCGUGACGCUGAAGCCCUGCUCCUCGCUCAACAUACUGACUUCUUGAUUGUUCAUGUGUAGAAGUGUGAACCGAGUUGAUUAAGUCAUGUGCGACGUUAGAUUAGGAAUUUAUUUAGGCAUCACAUAUCUUUAGGUUUAUAGGUUAUAUUAUUUAUACUGUGUUUUAUGUGUGUGCAUGGAGCAGUGAUUACUGUUCCCAUUUUUACAUGUUGUGUUAUUGUGUUGUGUUAUUGAGAGUCAGUACAGUGAAUAAACUCGCGCCGCUAUACAAGGCUAAAGAAGUACCGUGCGUCUCUGACAAAUUUAAACUUUAAUAAAUAGA